AUGAUGAAUCUUACUGAUAUCGUUGAAGAGGACUUGGUGGAUAUGUGCGAAGAAGGUUCACUUCUUGAUCAGCCGGCUGUUCGCCUGCCUCUGAUUGUUAUCUAUCUAUUCGUAUUCAGUGUAUGUUUACUGGGCAACAUCUUCACGAUUGUUGUCAUUGUGCUGCAUCCGACAAUGCGUACCGGAACGAAUUACUUCCUAGCAAAUUUGGCACUGGCUGAUCUGCUCGUGGCUGCCUUCUGUAUUCUCCAGAACAUGGUUCACAUUGUGGGAUUCGAUCAUGGUAACUGGACACUAGGUGAAGCGAUGUGUUACAUAUACGUAUUCAUGCUGCACUUCAUCCCCUGUCUGAGCGUCGGUAUUUUGGUGUGCGUAUCCAUAGAGAAGUACCUGGUGUUCAUGCAUCCGUUCUCUGCGUGGACCCAACAGAUUCUUCGACGUCGCGUUCGUUUCAUGAUGACCUUGGUCACCUGGGCUCUGAGCAUUGCUUCCAACAUACCGUAUGCAGUGAACACUCGCCUCUAUAGAUUCAGUGAAACAGCUGCCGCUUGUGGUCGAACGGACACAUUACGUGUUUGGGUUACGGUGUCUUUUGUGCUCUGGUACAUUCUGCCUUUGGCUGUAUUGGCUCUGAUGUACACCAACAUUGGUAUGAUGCUAUGGCGAAGUGGCAGUUGCGUGAUUACUGUCACUCGACCAAGUAGUGGGGAUUUACUACCGAUUCCGUACAAAGGAAUCGCCUAA